GAAGACUCUGGAUGAAGAUGUUCAGCUUUGGAACGGUUCCCUUUGUGACUGACAGACAAAGAUCAGGAUCUGGUGAUCUCAGCUGAGAGGAUCCGUGAUCCUCCUGUUUCUGUCUGAACGUUAACUUCUGAAGUUACUGCUCUUAUUCUGAAAGUCCUGACAGACGACAAAAAACGACUUGACAGAAAAGAAAGAACAGAGAAGAAAGAGCUGGUGUGUGCACGAGCGUGAGUGUGACCACACACGCUCGUGCACACGCACGCCCACCCCCCUCCUGCAGACGAGCUGCUGCAGCGACUCUGCAUCGUCUCCAUCACUGAUCCAGAGCAGCUUCUCCUCUCCGGAGCGGUCCUUCCUCCUCUCCUCCUCCUCUUCAGCACCUCCUCCUCCUCCUCCUUCAGACGCCAUGAGCCUCGCCCUGCGUCUCCCUGAGGAUUAGGUCCAGAGCCAGCCUUGCCUUCCCGCCUCUCUUCACCCACAACCUCAGCAGUCAGUCGGACCAGCCCCAGCGCCAUGGAGGAGCCCCAGCAGCCAAUCAGCUCGCAGCCGGAGGCAUCAGACUGUGCGGUGAGCUCUCAGCCGGCCGCCGGCGAGCAGCAAACGGAGAGCCAACACUCGGAGGAGAAACCCAUGGAACAUCUGAUGGUGAUCAGUGAGAGCAAAGAGUCCAGUAACGGCGUGGCGCCCUCCUUGGCCGACGCGUCUCCCGCAGCCUCCUCUGUGUCGCCCAAGCUUCACGCUAAGCCAGGCGGCCACGUUAACGGCCGGCCUCGCUUGGGCAGCCGGUCCGGCUCGGUGGCGGCGGGCUCGCCCAGGCCCUCGCUCACCCGCCAGCCCAGCGCAAUCACAGAGGGCGCUGCGGACGGGUCCAAGCCCCGGGACUACCUGAUCCUCGCCAUCCUGUCCUGCUUCUGCCCGCUGGUCCCCAUCAACAUCGUGGCGCUCACCUUCUCUGUGAUGUCCAGAAACAGCCUCCAGCAGGGGAACGUGGACGGAGCGCGGCGCCUGGGCCGGAACGCCAUGGUGCUGUCCAUCGUCGCCAUUUUAGGAGGAAUCGCCAUCAUCGCUGCAGCCAUCGCCCUGAACUGGGGCUUGAUCCUCAAACACUGAAACCAGCAAACACCCAGAGACCAUCCGCUUCCCGAAGCUCCGCCCCUCUCAAGCACCAACAGUGUGGACAAACACUCUGUGUUCUUGGUUGUUGUUUUUGUGCACGAGCAUGGACCGAACGGCGUUCUACCUCCAACACGGCCUGAGACCACGCCCCCACGAAGGGAACGCCCCAGUCAUUCUGUGGUAGCAGCUUAUCUCCUCUGGACUGUCUCCUCCCUCCAGUCAACGGCGCUCCUCACAGAGGAGGCCGGCCUGCAGGAAAUUGAAGGACCGGCUUCGGAGUCUGGAGCUGCUGCGCCGCCGGACUCUGCCGGACCACCGCCGGAGCGCCGCCGGACUCCGCCGGAGCGCCGACUUCAUCGAGACUUCACAGACUUUAGAGAGAAAACUGGAGGAUUUUGACGCCAACGCGUCAUCCAGCAGCUGUUCUCUGCCUGACUGAUCAUCAAGGGUCGAGUUCCUGCAGCUUCCUGUAGCGAGCGCUCCGCCGCUGAAACCAAAGCCAGCUCCGCCCGCCCGCCCCUUCCAGCCAGAUUAAGUUCCUCCCACCGCAGCGUCUGCUGAUCGGACACAAAGCCGUGUGAGGUUGAGGUUUCACAUCCAUCCCAGAAUGCAUCUCUCCAGUUUCUCUAAACUUCUGAGCUGCAUUCAGAAACUAUUGGAUCUUCAUUUCAUCCAAAAACAAAUCCACCUUCCUCCUUCCUGAGGACUGAAUUCUUGUUUUUACACAAACCAAAGUUAAGAGAGAGCCGUUCAUGUCCUGUUCAUGACAUCCUGAAACCGGGUCAGGAAAACUAACUUGUUCUGGUUCAGCUGUUCUGUUCAGAACCUCUCCUUUCAUUCUGGGUUUUCCAUCAUUUGAAUUGAUUUGAUUCUGAACGGUGACACAGACAGAAGUCACAUCGUCCUUUUGUGGUUAUAUUUCCUUCCUCUUUACAGACACAAACUCUAUGUGAUCAGAGAAAAAUGUCGGAUUUUCCGAACCAAACUGCAGGUUUUCCCUCCAGCUCCUGAUCAGGUAGAACAAAUCCAGACCUCAGAUCCCCUGAUCUUGAUCAUCAGCAAACCGGAGGACUUCCUUCUGUCUCCAUGAGUCUUCUGGACUCUCUGCUUGUUGGUUUUUCUCCGGACUCCGAGGUUUUCCUUCAGUUAUGGUUCAUCCAGUUUCGUGGUUUGUUGGUUCUUCUUUCCUGUUGGUUUCGGCUCCAUCGCCGUGUAUUCAGUCCGUCUUUAACCUGAUCUGAGAUGAACUUCUUCCUUUUUCCUCCACUGGAGUCUUGGGAUCUGAAGCUCCUUCAGAACAUCAGCUAAUCACCACAGAAGGUUUUCCUGGAACCGUUGGAGUCUUUGAUCCCGGUUGGGGUUUCAGGUGGAACCGUUUGUCUUCACCUCCUCUUUUCCUCCUGAUGAUCGGCUGUUUCGUGGUGGUCUGGCCAUGACGACUCCUUCAUCCAUCUCUUCAGCCGUUGGUCCAUCACCUCAUGGUCCAGCUGCUCAGCCAUCACUGAGUUGUUGGUUUGAAUGGGAUGAGGAGCGUCUCUUAAGGUGGACUUGUGGUCCUGCCUGUCCUUCAGGGAGCAUCUCUCAGUGAACCAGACCCUUAAGGGACACGCCCUCCUAUGAAGGCUGGUCCACUUCCCUGUUCAUGGAGCUGUCGGUGGACACCAGCUGAUGGAUGGAGACUCCAUCACCUCCAUGUUACCUUCUGUCCAAACCGGAGAGGCUUUCCCCCAAUCCGAGAGAGUAAACGUCUUCCCACAGUUCAGAUGAAAAUCUUCAACUGUUGCUGCAUCAAACCUGAACCAGAACCAGCUUCUUUGGGACUUGUAAGGAGUAUUUUUGUAGCCGCUGCAUCGUUGGGUUUGUGUUGAUCCUCCCUCGUGGAGGUGAGGACGCCUCGCCUGAAAAACGAGGCUCCCGGUGCCAAACGCGGUCGGUGCUUCAGCCGGAACCCGUGCAGAACCAGGCCGGACUCCUGCUGACGACCCAACUUCAUCUUUGCAUCACGCCGUGCCAAACAGCAGGGGGCGCCGCGACCGGCUGCUGUGACAGAUGUGGGAGAACUUUGAGGAAAUAAGCUGUUAUGGAUCAAAAUGGUCUUCUAUAACCUGUGCAUGUUUACAGUAUUUAUACAGAAUGUUUUUCUAUGGAAGCGAGUCCGUCUGUCAGACUUCCCGCUUCAGAUUCACUGCGCUGAACUGCAUCAGCAGGAAGGUCGAGGCUCAAAGGCACGCGGGGAGAGAGUGCAGAAUAAAAAUACACGUCCUGCUGUGAGGGAGCGCCCCCUGGAGGGCAGGAAGCUCCACCAGCAAACAGAGGUUUGUUUCCUGAGUCCGAGAGAAUCCAGAGAGUUCGUGUUUCGAGAGAAAAGUGGUUCCGUGAUCGUUGACGGUUUUCUCCGGCGGCUGUCGGACGCCAUCUUGGCUCGUUUGCCUUCCAGGUCGGCGCUCAGCCGCUGGGACUGAGAGGAUUCCAAAGAUCCUUCCUGAGACACGGCAGCCGAUCAUUCAUGAAGCUUCACAGCCAGGAUCGACUCUGAAAACAAAACAUCGUUUGUAACCGCAGCGUGUAAUCUGAGAGUAUUAUGGUCUGCUGCAAUCUGGAUUAUCCUGAUCCUGAUCUGAAGGAGAGGAGAUAGAGUCCUUGAAGUGCCCCGAAUAUUGGACUCUACCGGAAACGUUCGACGUCCCAGAACCUCCCGGACGUCCACGCCGCCCCGCCCCCGCUCUGAAUGUAGCAUGCAGAAACCACGCUGCAGCAGGACUCAGCAUGAACUUUGCUUGCGCUUCCACCUUCACCGGCUGUGAUUCCGACGACUGUUAGAGCUUCAGCGCCGCGACGGACAGACGCAGGAACGGCGUCCAGAGAAAGCGGCUCGGCGGUCCUGAGGCCCAACCCCCCCUUCAGUCUCAGUUCUGCUGGAAGGUCCAGAUGAAGGUUUUCAGUCUUUUCACAACAUGAACAAACUGUUUCUGCUUUAAAAAUCUGAGAGGAAUCUUUAAAUUAGGGCUGUGGAUGUUAACGCAGGCGAAAAAUGAAUAUUUAUUCAUGUAAAUGAAUCCGCCUCACGGAGCAGAGGUCGUCUUUGGCUCGGCGUUCAGGUCAACACUUCCUCAUGGAUCAUCCCACGUAUACCACGGUAUUCAACUGGAUUUGAGUACUUUGAUCUUUUGGUUUAAAUCUCUUUUUAACAAAAAUCUGUUUGAUCCGUGGUCCGGUUCGUUGUCACGGUAACACAACCCGUCACUGAGUAAAACUGCAGACGGAAAAGUCUUUAGAGUUCUGACGUGUUUUGUACACAAAUUAUAUUUCUGGGUUAAUACUUAAUAAAUGUAAACACUUCAGGUGUAAAAUGUACCUGCUAAAACAUUGUGAUGAACUGCGAUUAAUCGUUAAUCACGACACUGAAGUUUGAUCUGAAUAUUUUUUUAAUCGGUUGAAAUCACUAAUCAAACAUAAAUGUUCUAAAUGUACAGCUACGUGGGAUUUCAUUUGGAGAUUAUUUGCAGAUAAGUGAAAUAAUGUAACAAAGAAAAAAUUAUUGUGAUUAAUUUUUUCCCAGCUAUGCGAUUAAUUAGUUAAAUGUUUGAAUUGGUUCCCAGCCCUACUUUAAACAUUUAAACAAAGAAAAAAUAAAAGUUUGCUAAAAAUAUACAAUCUUGUUUACCUUAAAAAGUUACAAUAAUAAGUUAAAUUAGUGUCUUUAAUGUUUAAACGUUCUAACUUUAACAGUAUUUCACAGAAACGUGUAUUUGUUUUAACGGACGUCUGCAGAUGUAAAAUAAUGAUGAAAGUUUCAUGUUUCAUCAAAGCCUGAAAACCUUCUGAAGGAUUCGUGUGCGGUUCAUUCUGAGUUGUGUAUUCAUUUCUCUCCGUUGUGUAAAUGCCGGCCGACCUUUCUACUUUUAUAAUCUUUUGUAUGUAUCCUGCCGUUUCCCGCCUGCCGUUUCCCAGAGAAGGUGCAGACGUCAGGAUGGCGUCUCGUGGACUCUGCCUGUGCAUGCCUUACCCGACUGCAUAGUGAAUGGAACUGUACACGGUUUAUUUAUCAGAGACGUCGCUGGUCUUCACUGCUGUGACUUUGAUCCUGUUUGAGCGAAAUAAAUCCCAGUUCUAAACCA